GAGUCCAGGUGGAUUUACCUGUUUUCCUUCCUGGCAUUUCCGGCAGUGCUGCAGCUGUGUGUUCUGCCCUUCCUCCCUGAAAGUCCUCGUUAUCUGCUGAUGGAGAGGAGAGAUGAAGCUGGGGCAGAAAAAGCUUUUCAGAGGUUUUUGGGGAAGAAGGACGUGUCCCAGGAGCUGGAAGAGGUCCAUGCGGAGGCACGAGCUCAGGACAACCUCCACACCGCCUCUGUGCUUCAGCUGCUGAGGAACCCAGCUGUUCGUUGGCAGCUCAUCACUAUUAUCAUCACCAUGGCCUGCUAUCAGCUCUGUGGUCUCAAUGCUAUCUGGUACUACACUAAUGGGAUCCUACGGGCGGCAGGCUUUGCUGAGGAUUUACUCCCCUACAUCACACUGACCACGGGAGCCGUAGAGACUCUGGCAGCUAUCGUCUCUGGUCUGGUGAUAGAGCGAGUUGGAAGAAGACCCCUUCUCAUAUUUGGUUUCUCCUCUAUGGCUGUUUUCUUCAGCUUGCUUACAGUUUUUCUCAAUUUCCAGGAUAGUGUGUCAUGGAUGCCGUACCUCAGUUACAUCUGUAUAUUGGCUGUGAUUGCAGCCUUUUGCUCUGGACCAGGUGGCAUCCCAUUUAUCCUGACUGGGGAACUGUUUGAACAGUCUUACCGACCUGCUGCUUUCAUGAUUGCUGGUGUUGUGAACUGGCUGUCGAACUUUGCUGUUGGCCUUUUAUUCCCAUUCAUUCAGGACAAGUUGCAGACCUUUGCCUUCCUGGUGUUUGUGGUGGUCUGCACUGUUGGAUCCAUCUACCUCUGCAUCAUCCUGCCUGAAACCAAAAAUAAAACAUUUAUGGACAUCAGCCAAAGCUUUGCAAAGAUCAACAAAAUGCCCAUCCCUUCCCCGGGCCAGGAAAUGGAACUGGUGCUGUCCAUUAAGCCUGAAAUAAAUGGGAAAGCCCAAGAUGCCACAAAGAUAGAAAAUUCUAUUUA